AGUCAGAGCAUCCGCCAACUUUCGGAUCCGAUCCGAAACCCUCUUCCCAAAACCCUCGAGCUUCUCUCAUUCGUCUCCGAAGAGAAGCGAGCUUGGAGAGCCCUCGAUGAUGGCUACCAGAUUAGGAGCUCUCCUUCGAAGAAGCAAAGUCCUAACCAUGGCCUCCCAGCUGAGAAGCUGUAGAAAUAGCGUUUGCGGUCAGUCCUCUAUCCUCUCCUCUUCGAGUCCAGCCUUGGCGGAAUCUCUUGCCAGACUUCGUUCUUUAUAUGGAUUCAGAUCGAUGCACAAGAGUUUAUUUGGUACGUCUUCCAGAAAAAUGUGCACCUCUGCAACACUUUUGAAUUCAAACAAGGCAGAGGCUGCCAGUGCUGCUCUGAAAUUGUUAGUCAACGGAGGCCCUCGUGCUCAGAAAAUGGUUGGAAUAUGGCUCUUUGGUUGUUCUGCUUGGGUCUUUAGCCUGGUAGUACUGGGUGGUGUCACACGCCUCACUCGCUCUGGUCUGUCCAUGACUGACUGGAAGUUCACUGGUAGCCUACCACCUUUAUCAGAGGACCAGUGGUUGUGUGAAUUUGAGAAAUAUCAGCAAUCACCGGAAUAUAAAAGAGUGAACAGAGGAAUGAGUAUUGAAGAUUUCAAAUUCAUAUAUUGGAUGGAAUACGCACAUCGUAUGUGGGGAAGGGCAUUGGGUGUCUUGUUUGCUGUUCCAUUUACAUAUUUUCUUGCAAAGGGGUUUAUCACCCGUCCAUUGGGACUUAGACUCUCUAUUCUUUUUGCACUUGGUGCUGGGCAAGGACUAAUUGGCUGGUGGAUGGUGAAGAGUGGUUUAGAAGAACCAGAAUCGGAAUAUGUCCAGCCAAGAGUUAGCCCUUACCGUCUGGCUACACAUCUUACAUCUGCAUUUGCUAUAUAUUGUGGUAUGCUGUGGACUGCACUCUCAGUUGUCAUGCCAGAACCACCAACAGGAUCAAUGAGUUGGGUACAAGGUGCUGCUAAAAUUCGAAAACUUGCUCAUCCUCUUAGCAUGCUCGUGGGCAUAACUGCUGUCUCUGGAGCUUUUGUUGCUGGAAAUGAUGCAGGUCAUGCGUACAAUACAUUUCCCAAGAUGGGUGAUACAUGGAUUCCUAAAGAUAUUUUCAACAUGGAGCCAUUCAUACGCAAUUUUUUUGAGAAUACGUCCACAGUACAGCUCAAUCAUCGUAUCCUAGCAACAACUACAUUAGUUGCAGUGGGUUGCUUCUGGUUGGCCUCAAAAAAAAUAGACAUACAUCCAGCAGUGCGAUCUUUGGUUGGAAGUGUUCUGGGGAUGUCCACUCUUCAGGUAACUUUGGGGAUAUCAACACUGCUGUCUUAUGUCCCGGUUUCUCUGGCUUCAGCACACCAAGCUGGAGCAUUGACUCUGUUAACCCUUGUGAUCCUUCUAAUGCAUACUGUGAGAAAACCAAGUCCAGCUCUUCUCAAAUCCAUGGCCUCACUACCAAAGCUCAAGAGCUAAACCACACCAGCAAGUUAAUGAAAUGCCAAUUAUUUAAGUGCUCAAGAAUGUGUUGCUUUACCAUGUGAAAUAACCAUAUUUGUUGAGCCGUUUAUACAGAGUUUUGCCUCAAUUUGAAGCAAUAAGAAGUUGGUUCAAAA